GUAGGGGGUUAUGUGGAUCGAUGAAAAGUUGAUUCUUUUAACCAAUUCACAAGCAUACGUUCUCCGAUCCCGUUAGGCAAGAUAUCGUUGGUAUGAACCAAUAGCCGUCAAGUGGCACGAGGUAAUCAACUGUAACCGAAUGUAAUAGUAGCAAGAAUCUCAGAAGCUACGUCUUGAAUUUUAGCGUAUACUAUAGCGUAUAGUUCAACGAUAGGACAUAGGCAUCAUCAUUAUCAUCACUGUAACGUUUGCGUACGCGUCGAUAGUAUUAAAUUUAAAAUCGACUAUUUUGUGAUCACAUUGUAAAAUUGGUUAUUUUGGUUUUGGAUCUUUACGUCGUUCUCCUCAUUUGGAUCAAUUCUCUCGCCAUGGUUUCCAUCUACGUAUUCAUCGAAAUCUGCUUUGCAUUGAUUCUAUUUAGGAAUGUCGACUCUGCAUUACGUAAGUAUAAAUAAAGGAUUGAAAAUCAUCUCAAUCUGAAACAAUCAAGGACAAUUGACCGCAGAUAAUGAUCACCGGAUGAUAAUGACCAGCACGAUGAACUUUCACUAUACUACGUGAAUAUAUGAAAAUAAUCAAAUGCAAUCGUCGUUAAUAAUAAUAAAUCUAAAUGUUAUCUCUAAUCAAUCAAUUAUCAGUUUUCGUCAUUGAUUGUUAUAAAUCUCCAUAUAUAAAAGUAUGUAAAAAACACGAUCCUAAUAUAAACGAAUGUGUAAUGAAUUCGAUUGAGAAUCUUCGUGAGAAAUUGGCUGAAGGAAUUCCUGAACUCGAUACACCGGCUAUCGAACCAUUAAAAUUAAGUCAAAUUCGUUUAUUGAGAGGACCAACUGGCGCUAGGCUCGAUAUCAAUCUUACUGAUAUUCAGGUGAACGGACCGUCGACGUUUAAAAUACGUGAUCUCAAGGUGAACACCGAUGACGUAAUUUUCACAUUCAAGGUCAGCUUUGAAAAGCUCAAUUUUCAAGGAAAAUAUCAAAUAGAUGCUACAUUGCUUUUACUCAAGCUUACUGGAGAGGGUGAACUCGUUGGAAAUUUCACUGGAUAUGAUUCCGACAUUGUCUUGAAAGCACAGAAAAUUUAUAGAGACAAUAAAGUUUAUUUACAUUUCGAGAAAAUGAAACUAAACAUUCAAAUUAGUGGUGCUAAUCUUUAUCUAAACAAUUUAUUUGCUGGCGAUCCAGUUCUAGGACCAGCCAGUAAUAAGAUAAUAAAUGCUAAUAGCGCAUUAUUAAUAGAAGAAAUUAAACCAGUGAUGGAAUCAUCGUUAGCUGAUCUUUUUACCAAUGUUUCGAAUAAAAUUGUGAGAACCUUUACGUACGACGAACUAUUCCCAGAGAAUUGAACGAAAUCUAGACAAAUUAGAAUCCUUUUUUCUCAAAUUCAUCUAAUUAAUUUUAAUUCAUUAAUUAACGACAGCACACUUCACGUUUUUCAAUGAUACGUGCCGAUACUUAUACAAACGGUAUAUAAUACUCGUAAAAGAUGAAACAAUAAACAAACAAAUAAACAAA